CUCUAAAAUAAUUAUAUUAAUAAUUUAGCACUGCGGUGCCUACAAAGAAACAAUACUGUGGUAUCUAAGAGGAAAGAAAGUAAAUAAAAUUAACAAAUGAUGUGAAAUGAAUAAGCAGAGAAAGACUUUCCUCAUUUUUUUGAGUGUCAUUUAAAUUCAUUUUCAGCAUGAUCACAUUGGGUAACCAAUUACAAUGGCUAAUGUCCCAGAUAGCUCAUUAAAAUCACCAGUCACUGUGCACAUUUGAACAUUGAACAUCAUUCUCCGUGUAAUCAUUCAAAAAAAUCGGCUUAAACAGUCUACUGGAACUGUCAUUUCCUCAAGUAACAUUUAGUGUGGUGCUAUUGUUGAUUCUGCAGUUAGAACUGAAACAAGAUCAGUAAAUGUGUCGCCCAUGAUUGGUGGGGGGAACCUGGAGACAAUAGUGCACGCGCCCACUAUGUUCCUGGUGUUGCUCCGGGUGAAACAGCACCACCUUGUGGACAUACAGUGCUAAUGCAGUGCUGAUGCUGCAGUGCUUUUAGCAGGCGGUGUACACAGACUUUAGUGACAUACUAGUCAUUAAUUGUCUUUAUGAGAGCCUUACGUAGGGUCUCUGUGGUGCUGGAGUGAGCCUUGUGGACUUGGGGAGGAUCAGAGUAAUGCAAAGUUUAAAUGCUGUUGAGAAGCAUUCAUCACGUCCUUCACAUCAACAGGAGCUUAGCAGUGCUUUCUCUUUGACAGAGUUUUAUGUGGUUGAGCGGGUGAAAGCUGCUCGUCUCAGACGGUCCACCUCCCAUGCUCAGCCAAGCGUCCAGAGAGUUCUGGGAGGGCGCGUGCAAAGGGUUGUUCUCUGAGAGAGACAGCAUCAUUGCAUAAGCCUGCGGGAGAAGACAGGCUCUUGGGAAAGCUGGGCAGACCCUCAAGGUCCAAGAGAGAGCCCUCCUCCUCUACACACCUGCACCGAGGGAUGGAGGGAUGGCAGAGAUAGGGCAGUAUGGAUGGGUCGGUAAGGAUGAGUAAAUGGAUGGAAAGAUAGAUGUAGGAAAGGGACAGAUGGAGAGUUAAUGCCACGUUGGUGUGGGGUAGGGGGUUUAGGUGAAAGAAAAUAUGAAAAGAAGAGAAAAAAAGAGGUACGAUUAAUAAAGGUACAGAAAGGUAGAGGGAGUAUACUGGAAGAAGAAAAAGGAGAGAAGAGUCGGAGCAGUAGCUGACCUCUUGUUAGCUAAACUGAAACGAAAGAUGAGAAGACUACUGAUGUACGCUUGAUGGAUGAAUUAACAGGAUACAUAAAGAGAUACUGCUAAUCUCAUUCUUUAUUCACAUCAAGUUAUGAUGGUCUCACUGAACAGAUGACCUCAUCCCUUGAAUCCAGCACAUGGACUUUACUCAUUAAUGUUCAAUAGAAAAUAACUUUGACAGAUUCACAAAGUAAAUCAUGUUAAAAAUGAACAGAUCUCAGUAAGAAAUGUUGCACUGUACAACUUUCUCAGUACAGCCAGCUGCCAGAAUCUAGUUAGCGAUCUUUUUGCUAGCUCACUUUCCUGAUGAAUUAAUGCAUUUGUUAUAUGUGUUGUUUCUGCAAUUGCUGCUGAUUUAUAUUUUAUCAUAUACUGUCUCCUACCUUAGUUUUUCAAAUUGUAAAUAGAGACAAAAAGGUCAUGAGAAAAAGACGAGACCUACAUAAAGUCAGUGAACUUACACAAGAAGAUGAACCAGGAGUGAUUUUUGGAAGGAACCUAUACAUUCAGUCCAUGUUUUACCUCCUUCUCAGUGCGUAGAGUUGUUUAGUAUUGACAUUAAUUGUAAUGAAAGAAGGUAUAAGGUUUCUGUUCAGUUUCUGUUGAAACAGGAGAUGGGCAGAAUAACUAAAACACCUCAAAGAUUACUGUGAUGUUUUAAUGUUCCAUUAAUCUUGACUAUCAUUGAUGUGUUGAUCCCAAACAUUUUGUAGCUGUAUUUUGUUUUGGUGUUGUAUUGGACUGUAUUAUUGCAAGUUGGUUGUGUGAUUUUGUUCCUCACAUAUCCAAGAUAUAAUUAAAAUACUCAAAAUUUAUUGUUGUGACACGCUGGGGAAAGGAUUUGUUGUUACACCCAGUUUAUUAACACUAAACAUUGCAGCUAUACCAGCUACUUACAGGCUGCAACAUAUACUGAGUACACUACUUCAGUGCUUACAGCUCGGUGUUGAUUUCAGUUCAUUUAGGUUAAAAUAUAAUCACAUUUAGAGACUAAACCAAAAUACUUCAGAGAUUGUGGCUGUUAUCCAAUGUCCAUCAUGGUUUCAACAACUUUCUUGUGUUUGUGUUUCCUUCUUUCCACCAACAUCUGAAAAUAUACCUGUAUGUUAUAACAUUUCUAAUGUUAAUCAGAGACUAAAUAUAUAAAAUUGCACUGUAAUUAGAGAAGACAAGUUGAUCAUUAUGGAUACAUUUUUUAAUUCAAUCAUUCAUUUCCAUUAAAAAGCUGUCUGAUAUACAUACCAGUCAAAAGUUUGGACACACCAUCUCAUUCCCCUGAAUGAGAAAGUGUUCAAACUUUUUACUGUUACUGUACAUGAUUGAAGGAUCAGCUUUACUGUCUGUGCUGCAACAGUCACAACAGUCCCACAUUAUGACUUAAUACUUGUUGGUUUGUGGAGAAACUAGUUUCAUGUCAAUGGGAGAAAUGAAAGUGUGGUGAAUAUCACAUAAAUUGCACAGAUGACUGCUGCUGCCUCCUAGUGGAUGUUUUUGUGACAUCAGUGUUGUUUUUCAAAAAGCCAGACUUCAUUACCAUGAUUGAUUUAUUGAGGAAGCAAAGAGAAAAACACACUCGGCACUCUUUUAAUUGCAUUUUUGGUCUUUGAUCAUCUCAGCCAAUUCACAAGCUGAGAAAGGUCACAAUAUCUGACUGUGUCGUUAAUGUUUGAGCAGGUAGAGAUGAUAAUUUUUUUCUUACUACUCCUUCCAUGACUUGUUUAUAUGAGGUGUAUUCAAUGUUCAUUGAUCUAAUAACCUGUCAGUUUUAUUUUAUCAGCCAUGAGGUGAUUUCAAUCCGUAAUCCACAAUGAAAACUCUAAUCAACUCCUAAAAUUAUACAUGUUGUUUUCCAGAUAACCUGUCAGCGUGUCAUCUAACAGAUCUCCUCCACUUUUCUAUUCACAUGUUGUUUUCCAGAUAACGCACUCCAAGUCUUAUCUAUCUACCUGCAUGUACGUUUGAUAAAAGAACAUUUGGUAAUGACUAACCAGGGUAAAACACUAUUUAAGGCUGGGAUUAACACAGAAACUACAAAGUUAAACUGCAAAGACUGACAGUCACAGAAUGGAGACGACAAUGUUUAUUCCACUGCUGCUGCUGAUCUGCUCUUUCUCCACGACUCAGCUUCAAGCAGAGCCUGACAAUGAAUUUAUCCCACAUGGAAAGCAGACUGAAUCCCAGGGAUGGGAACCAGCAAAUGCCUCUCAUCACCCACUGACCUGUCCACAAGACAUUCAUGCUGUGCUGAGAGAGAUGAGCGGCUUGUUGGCUGAACAGAGGGUGGAGAUCAGGCACUUACAGAGAGAUAAUGAAGCACAGGCAGCUAAGCUAAGAGAACUGGAGACACAAAAGGCUGAGGUAGAUAACUUGAAGCAACAGCUACAAGCACAUGCAGCAGAACUGAGAGAACUGGAGACACAGAAGACUGAGGUGGACAAGCUGAAGCAAAAGCAAGAAGCACAUACAGCUGAACUGAUCACCAUUCAAGCCAGAACAAAUGUCACAGAAAACCAGGUGGAGACUCUAAAGAGAGAUGGAAAAGCCAAGGUGGCUUUCUCAGCCUCUCUGUUGGCUUCAGGCGAAGUAACAGUCGGACCGUUUAACACAAACACUCCUCUGGUCUUCAGACACGUCGUCACAAACAUUGGAGACGCCUACAGCCCAAACACAGGGUUUUUCAUUGCACCAGUCAGAGGAGCCUACCACUUCGAGUUCUACAUAGGUGCACAUGGACAUGCUUCACAUCCUUCAGGUGCUGUGUUGGUCAAGAAUGGAGAGCAAAUCUUUACUGCAUAUGAGCAUCAGACAUCCCAUUAUGGGAGUUCUGCCAAUGGCGUCACACUGCUUCUAGAGGUCAAAGAUGUUGUGUUUUUGCAUCAGUGGGCUAACACAAGGAUAUUUGACAAUGUAAAUCACCACAGCACCUUCAGUGGUCAUCUGCUUUUCACCAUGUGAGAAAGAAACAGUCCUUUUUCCUCACACACACUGUAGCAGUGUACCAGUCUUUACUGAUAAAAGCUGUUUUAAUAAGAAAAAGGUUCAUGAAUUUUUCAUCUGUGUCUGGAUUUGCAUCAAAACAUACAGUGAUAGAUUGUGAUGUGCCAGAUUUUCAUUUGAUUAAGAACAUGCAGUAAUUCAUGAGAAAACUGUGAUACUGAUCAAAAAUCCCUUAUUUCACAAUGUUAAGAAAUACUUAAACUAAUCCUGUAUUUUGAUCUGGAUUCACAUCAGCACCAGAAACUACUUACUGUACUUCUUCUUUGCUCUUUGCUCCAUGUUACCUUUACUGUCUGAUUUCUUUACACUGUGUUUUACUUUGUUUUAUAGAAAUGUGAAUGCUCAUGUGCUGUUGAUGUUAAUGUGAAAGGAAAAUUCCCUCUGUACCUUUGAAAGCGUUUAGCUGUGCAUUUGUUAUUUGUAAGUAUCUAAAUAUGCAACAACAACAUCAAUAGUUUGUACAUAUUAAGUGUAU